ACAGUUAUUUGAUGUCGUUUCAAAUGUCUGUUAACCGAAGAGCAUAUGUCAGUCUUGGUCAGCCGCUGGGGGUCGUCCGCGAUUCCCCGGUCUAGGUGUGCUUCUGAAGCCCCGUCGCGGAAGUCAAUUCGGAGGCUGUCGAUUCGGUAAAGACAAGCAUGAUGUGAGCCCAAAUCGCAAAAUUUAGCAAUUAGAGGAACUGAUGUGCGCGCACACGUGACUGCCUCUUGCGCGCGUCACUCCGGACCCAUCUCCAUCUCCUGCCAGCCCGCUUGCUCGAAGUGCAUGAGCAAUGCAGCGCUGCAAAAACUGAGCAAAACAACCAAAUCUACACCAAAGUGAGACACCUGAGUAUUUGACGGAUUCGAGAUCUGGUGGGACCAAACCGUGGUUAUUAAAAAAAAAUAAUCAAAGCCGACUGAUCAUGGCUGGUUUGAUGGCAGAUUUCGGCAACUUCACUCACGCCGUGGUGCGAGCGAUCCCUGACUCCUUCGCCAAAGAGGACCCGAGGAGGAAAAAGACAGCCGAGGUGGACCUGGCCAAAGCUCAGCGCGAACACGAGCUCUACAUCGAGGUUCUGAGACACCAACUCGGCUUGCGGGUACUCGAAUUGCCCGCCGACGAGAAUCUCCCGGAUUGCGCCUUCGUGGAGGAUGCUGCCGUGGUAUGCGGCGACACAGCGCUGAUUACGAGACCGGGGUCUGACAUCCGACGGAAAGAGACUGAAGCUGUGAAGAUGGUGCUCAAAGAAAUGAACCUGAACAUCGUGGAGAUAGAUGACCAGUCGGCCACCCUGGAUGGAGGGGAUGUCUUGUUCACUGGUAGAGAGUUCUUUGUGGGCUUGUCUGAGAGGACCAAUCAGCGGGGGGCGGAAAUUCUCGCGGACACGUUCAAGGACUACGCUGUCUCCGUGGUUCCCGUGCAGAACGGCCGGCACCUGAAGAGCUUCUGCAGCAUGGGAGGACCGGACCUGAUCAUCAUUGGGUCCAGCGAGCAGGCCCAGCGAGCCCUGAAGAUCAUGAAGCAGAUGAGUGACCAUCGCUAUGACAAGUUGACGGUUCCUGACGACACGGCAGCCAACUGCAUCUAUGUGCACCUCCCUGACAAGGGUCACGUGCUACUGCACUGCACGCCGGAGGAGUUCCCCGAGAGUGCAAAAGUCUUUGAAAGACUGAAGGACUAUGUGCUCAUUCCCGUCUCCAAUGCCGAAAAGGUGAAGGUGGAUGGCGCUCUAACCUGUUGCUCUGUACUCAUCCACAAGAAGGUGUGAGCCAGGGUCUUCAAAAUCGCGUGUCCGGGGCUGCCCUGGAUGUGCAUAUGGCUGUGUGCGUGUGCGAUCGAGAGGAAGGUGAAAGUUCGAGUCUCUGUCCUAACAAUUGAUGUUUAUAGCGCUCCCUGAUAAUUUGGAAACCCACGUAGAGUACCUACAGUUAUUUUAGUAUUGUAGUUGUUGCCGUAUAUUCCCAACAAAAUAAACGUUUUCGACUAGUGUCGAUUCUAAUAUCUUUCUAUAUUCACACAAUGAAUGAUGGAGCCCAAACCUCCUUCUCACCAGCACUCUUCGUUUUGAAAAAAAACGGUAUUUUCAGUAUAUAUGCAUAUGCUGGAUAUUCGUUUUUAUUCAGAUUAGUUUACAUUUUGUGCCAUCAUAGGCUUUUAAGGAGUAUUACUAAACCAUAGCCAUGUUUUUUUCUAUGGGAUUUGGUGCUGAUGAUUCUAUUUGGCACUGGUGAGUAGAAAUCAAAGUUUUUAGUUUGCCGCCAUAAAAAGUCAGAAAGUGAACACUACGAAUGUUCUUGUGAACCUUCAUUGUUCAAAACACCUUUUGAUAUGGAACCAGGUGUAUUUAUUCUCAUUUAAAUGACCCCAUGAAGUGCAAGGCCAUAAAAAGACCGUUUAAAGACCAUUGAAUAUUCUGUGGAAACGUCAGGACGGCAGAUGGUGAGGUUCGUUUGCAGAAGAUCAGGUUAUUACCCCCCGCUUACCAUCCUGUUAGCGUAGCCUACUCGCUAACAAAGGAAACUUUUUAAAAAGCUCUACAAUUACAAAAGGCCUACUUUAUCUGCGUUUUUCCGUAUUAUACUAAGCUAAAACCUUAUUAGCCUUAUGAACACCUGCUCAAACUGCAACUGGUUCAGGAUUUAAGGAGAAACAAACUAUCACAAAAAAACAAUAGGGACCCCCACAAUUUUUUUUUAUGUUGUAGCCUAUUUGUAUUACACUAAAAGUUUCUUUGAACCACUAUGAUAUGUGCCCGUAUGUGUAUUGUUGGUGAAAAAAAGGACUGUAAAUCCUGUAUAAUGUGACCAUACUAAAACCGUCAUUAUAGAUUCUUUUAGUUCUGCUGUAUAGAUAGUUCUGUUUCACUUAGACCUACUUGUUGUGCCAAAGACAUUGUAAUAUGUACGUUUGUCUAAUGUUUGGAUCAAUGGUUUUAAUAGAUUUUAAUAAAAUAUGUGCCUCGUCUCAAA